UUACAUUUUCAUCAUGACAUUAUGGAAAAUAAUGAACUUUAUCACAAUAUGCUAAUAUUUUGAGAAGGACCUGUAUGUGUAAAUGCACACUAUGCUCACCAGCUUAACCUUAUCAUGCAGCAGGUGACAUUUCAUAUUCCAAAGGUCAGCAAUUUCUUUUCAGACCUUGCUGGAUUCUCUGGCUUUUUUUCAAGAUCCCCUAAGAGAACCAGCGUGCUCGAUAGAGUGGUGGCCCACAGACUCCCAAGAGCAAGCACAGUGAGGUGGAACUUCCACAACCGAGCUGCGAACACUGUUUUUGAGCACAAAGACGACCUGCUCCAGUGUUUUGAAACCAUCAGGGACUCAGGAGAGUUUGAUCCCACCACUGUGAGAGAAGCUGGGGGGUUUUUGAGGCUGUUGGAGGAUGAUAGUUUGUUCCAUCUCAUCAUGCCUCAUGUGGACAUUCUCUACAACCAGUUCCAGAAUCGGACCAUCGACUCAGUCUUUGUUCACGAAAUCAUGCAGCAGUUCACAGACAAUAUACAAAAGAUUAGAGAUUCCCUCCCUACUCUCUGUGGAGAACACAUUGGCGGUGGACCUCAGCUGGCUAAGAAAUGUCGCACGCUGGGCCCAGGGGAUCUUCAGAGGGUAGCUGCAGAGGUUUGUGACACUAUCUUGAACCAUGGAAAUCACAGGUUUUCCUUCACAAAGCAUCUGAUCAGUGCCACACUGCUGCAGGCUGACAGAUUCCAGCAGCACCACAACCAGUUCCCUGAUGCAGCACUGAACACCACCAUGGAGGCUUACCCAAUGCUGAACAAGACCAAGCUGAAGAAUGAACAGGCCCUCAUCUACAGCAUUGAUGAGUUCAGGAGGUGCAGUGGUGCUUUGGCUCUGUACCAGGUUUUUAUGAGGAACAAUCUCCAGGACACCUUCUCAGAGACUGUGGCUCUGCUGAAGAUUCUCAUCACAACUCCUAUGAUCACAGCUGAAUCUGGGAGGUGCUUCUCAACAAUGAAGAUAAUCGAGAUGUUUCUCAGGAACAUAAUGACACAGGAUCGUCUCAAUGCCUUGGCCAUGCUCUCUAUGGAGAAGGAUCUUGUCAAAACCAUCCCUGACUUUAAUCAUAGAGUCAUUGAGAAAUUUGCUUCUCUCAAGAACAGAAGGACAACGUUUACAUAUAAAAACUAAAACACCACAUGACAUUGUGACAGUCUUUAGCAGUUUUCACAGAGAGAGGUUCUCUGAAGAAUUUUCAUCAUCAGCAAUAGUACAUUCAAACAUAAGAAACUGCCAUUGCAAAGCAGUAUUGUAGCAUGAAGAUUUAACUGAGAAUCACAUAAACAGAACCUUAAAAUAAUUUUCUUUGUAAAUACAGCUUUAACUUGUCAUAAAAGUAAUGUGUCCACACCCUGAAUUUGUCUCCUAGAAGAAAGGAAUAAUCUGUUUCUUCAUUGCGCUUCUCUAAGUCUGUUGCAAAAACACAAACAUGCUGUUAGUGACCCUGUGCGUGACCUCAGCUUGGGAGUGUCCCUCUAUGCUACACCAGCAACUAUAAUUCUAGUGUUUUAUGUAAAGGACUUUGUAGUUUUCUGAUUUCUGAUGUAUUCAUACAGGUUUAGGUUUCAUGAAGUUGCCUUAAGUGUUCAGAUGUUUUCAUGGCUUUAAUCUUGUGUCUUAACCAAUGCUUUCUUUAGCAUUAGAGGUGAGCUGGUUAACAUGAUUUGAAUCUUUUAUAUUAUUAAAUUCCCUUUUUAUGUUCAUUAUUUUAAGUGUUCAACAUGUUGUCAUUGAUAACUUGAAAAUUUACAUAAAUUAAAAAAGUAAUUUUUUUCUUAAUGUUUACUGUUUGCAAGUCUUUGUAAACACCAAAUAUUUAUUUUGUACAAUUAUGUUAUGUUAUUUUCCCCAGAAAGUUUUGCUGUCAUUAGAACUUUGAUGAUGAGCUUUGAUAUGUUUCUACACAUACAAUGUGUUUCUGGACAAGUGAAUGAAUAAACAUUCAACAGGGAAGGCU